AUGUCGCAAUUGGUAGGUGAUUCUAAAGUCAAUAUUGAAGAUCCUCGAUAUGAUCAAGAAACAUAUUCGGGUCGAGCGAAACAUUUUUUUCUUACAACAAAUCCACUAAAUCUUUUGGCCAAUGAUCAUAAAUUAAAUGAGGCAAAAAUGAUUGUUGAAAAUUAUCGUCAUGGUAUCGUUUCACGACCUGAUAUGACUCUUGAUGAGUUAUGGGGCGCAAAAUAUCUAUAUGAUAGUGCUUUUCAUCCGGAAACAAAAGAGAAAAUGUUCAUUCUAGGUCGAAUGUCAGCACAAGUUCCAUGCAACAUGUUAAUUACCGGCUUUAUGCUAACAUUUUAUAAAGCAUCAUCAGCUAUUGUUUUCUGGCAAUUUGUCAAUCAAUCGUUCAAUAGUAUUGUCAACUAUACCAACCGUAGUGGUGAUAAACCCAUUACAAAUAAUGAUUUAAUGAAAAGUUACGCUGUUGCAACCACAGCUGCAACAGCUACAGCUCUUGGCCUUAAAGCUGCUGUCUCAAAAUUACCAGCAAUUAUGGCUCGAUUCGUACCAUUCGCAGCUGUAGCUGGUGCCAACUGCGUCAAUUUACCAUUUAUGCGCUGGAACGAAAUUCGUGAUGGUAUUGCUGUUUUUGAUAAAGAUGGAAAACGUGUUGGAGAAUCAUCUCAAGCAGCAAAAAAUGCUAUUACACAAGUAGUUCUUUCACGUAUCGGAAUGGCUGUUCCGGGUAUGAUCAUUCCACCGAUCAUUAUGAAUGCACUUGAAAAGAAACCUUUCCUACGCCGUACUCCAUGGCUUAAUAGUCCUAUACAAAUUCUUCUAUGCGGUUUCUUUUUAACAUUUACAACACCAAUGUGUUGUGCUUUAUUUCCUCAAAAAAGUUCAUUACCUGUGGCUAAAUUGGAUGAAAAACUUCGAGAAAAAUUAUUACGCGAUGGGAUGAAAGAAACCGAUCGAGUCUAUUUCAACAAGGGUCUUUAA